UAACAGACAGCUGCUGCGAAGUGAGGGGGCAAACUGAAAAACCUCCGCGUCUUCUUCUUCUUGUUCCUCUCCUUCUUUUUCUUUUUACUCAGACCCAAAAAACGACUUCGUUUCAAACCUGUGACGGCGUCGGGAUUGAAUGCAUUGGCGGAAAUGGACGAGUCCGAGAAAUUGACGGCGUUGAAGAAGGCGUACGCCGAGAUAAUCCUCAACACGGCGAAAGAGGCGGCGGCUCGAAUUGUGGUGUCGGAGAGGAAAGCCCUGCGGUUCCAGAGGGAGCUCUUUUCGGCGAAAGACGAGGCCUUUCGGAUGCUUCUUAGGCUCAAACAAAUGUUGGAUUCGAAGGCUGGCGAGGCAAAGAUGAUGUCCUUGAGUCAACAAGAAAAGAUUGACGAACUCGAAGCGCAGCUGCAGGAAGCUGAGGAUAUAGUGAAGGAGCUUAGGGAAGAGUUGAGUGAAGUGCAAGCUCAACUGGAGAAGGCGAGAAGCAAUCCAAGACAGCUGGAUGGGCAAAAUUUAGAGGGUGAUACUGCUCCUCAAGUGUCAAUAACAUCGCAGUUGAAUUUGCAGCUAGAUGCAGUUGCGGCUCAUGAAACGAAUCCAAUUUCAAAUGGGACAUAUGAGAGGAAAGGGUGUUACAGUGGAAAUGAUUCUCUUAAGGAUAAUUACUAUGUUCAAAAUCCUGAUUUCGCCUCGUUAGUAAUGAGAAGUAAAGAUCCUGAGUUAUACAGAAAUGGAUGCACUCAGAGAAUUCGUGCAUUUGAAAGAAACCUGUUGGAUGAAAAAUUGUCUCUUUCUGGACUUGUUGAUAAUGGGAAGAAUGUAACACUCAUCAGAGGAGAUGAUGAACAACUGUGUAAAACCCCUAAAAUAAACGGUGAUAAUACGAAUGGGGUAGAGGAGAACCCGGAAGAGCUGAAAGUGAUGCAGGCAGAUGGUAGCCAUAUUCAAGCACCUGCCUUUAUGUCCUUUCAGAAGAAGAGAAAGAGAGCAGCUAGAUUUAGGAGAAGUGAAGCUCCCUCAUGCAGGUAUCUUGAUCCUCAUCAGUUGAUGGAAAUGCGCCAAGUAUCUAAUUUAUCAUGCCCUAGAACUUCUGCUUCUUCCCUCAAUAACAGUGUUCUCGCAGAUAAUGCUUCCAAGAAGUCCGAAGAUGAAAAUCAAAAAGUCACAUCAUCCAUUUCAACCUCAAAAAUACUCCCGGAUAAAACUGAAACGAGUACACAGUCGGAAUGUGGUAAUGUUACUGAAAAUGAUAGUGUUCAGAAGGCAACGAGUAAUGACAAGACGUUUAUUGAAGAAUCCAGAUUGACCGGACAGGAGUGUAUAUCUGCUGAGAGCUUGAAGGUUCUGGCAUGCAAAGCAGAUGUUGAAAAAGAUUAUCCAUUAGAUAAGUCAGAUACGAAAGUAUCCGAUUUAGAUGAUGGCACCGCUAGUCAACCUGAAAACAAUAAGUUUCUCAAAUAUACUUUCUGCAGAAAGCGCAAGAAGGACACGUUGAGCAACCCUGAAAGCAAGUCUCUUCUUGACAAUGGCACUUUGGAAAGGAACACAGGCGAGGAACAAAAUGGUUCUAUAGAGCCACAGAAAUCGAGCUUGUUGAUUGAAUCAUCCCGGGAAAGUCGACGACUAGCACAGGUUGCUCGUCAGCUUAUAUCUUUGUCGGAGAAGAAGUGGCGGUGAUGGAGCCCUUGACGGACUUUGCAGAGUAAUGGCGAGGAUAUUGAAGUCGAAUUAGAAAGAAAGCCAGAUGAACUGCAUCUGGUAUAAGAGCAUCAGAAGAAUGGACAGUUCCAUUGUUAAGGAAGAAGUGUAGAGAUGCCUGAGUUAGUAGCAACAUAUUGGCAAUGUUUUCCAAAUUGCAGCAUAUACUAAAUGAUUAAAUUGCAAUUAUUUUUUUCAUUCAGAAUGCUUCCUUUUGUGUAUUUGUAAAUGCUGCUCAAAUCUCACUUAGUGAGUCACUAAAUUAUGAAAGAAGCUGAUUAUCAUAACUGGUAAUU